UCUAGGUACUGUGUAUAGUCAUUAUGGGAAACAUGUUUUUCAAUGACAUCAGAUUAUUUUAGUUCGGCUUGAUACUUUCUAGUUUAUUAUAACUAGUAACUAUAUAGUAUUACUUCCAAUAUGAACUCACCGAGAGUGAAUUUCAAGUUUCUCAAGACGUUUUGGUGGAAAAAAAAGUUUCAAGUUCGAGUAUCUGAUGCCAUGCCCUCGGACAAGAAAGAACCACCCAACAAACCCGACACCGAGGACAUCAUAUCCUCCGCUAUCGGCGAAUUCGGUAGAUGGCAACUCCUGCACACUUUCCUCCUCUCCCUCUUCAACAUCCCCUGCACGUGGCACAUCUUCAUCCCCACCUUCCAUGCGGCCGAACGGUUGGUAUGGUGCGCCAGGCCCGAAAAGUUCCGAAACGUCGCGCCCCACCUGUGGAUCAACUGCUCGGGCCAAUCCGACGCCGAGUACUGCUCCACCACGUGGAGGGGGGACGCUGCAGAAUGCCCCCCGUUUGGCGAGGGGGGGAACUUCAGCGGGACGGCGGCCUGCGACCGGUGGGAGUUUGCAGGGGAAGGUUCGACCAUCAUCUCCGAUUUCGAAUUGGUCUGCGACAGAGCCAACCUGAUCAGAGUAGGCGAGAUGAUGUUCCUGGCCGGCGUAGCAGUAGGAGGAUUAGUCUGCGGUAUCCUGUCGGACAAAUACGGAAGAAAGCGCACUCUGAUGGUCUCAGUUUUGAUCCAAAGCGUAGUCGGCACCAUCAUAGCCUUCAGCCCUUGGUUCUCCUUAUACGCCAUCUUCAGGGUGAUCCUCGGUUUUAUCUCAGUUUCCGUGGUGUUCAGCGGGUUCGUCUUGUCCAUUGAGCUGGUAGGAGGGGAAUGGCGAACCGUGGCUGGUAUCUCCUAUCUCUUUCCGGUGUCUCUCAGCUAUAUGAUCAUCGCUGGAAUAGGUUAUCUGCUGAGAGAUUGGCGACACUUGCAGCUGGCCAUAUCUCUACCAGGACUGCUGUUCCAGAUAUUGUGGUGGGUUCUACCCGAGUCACCGAGAUGGCUGCUGGCCCUUGGACGCACCAAAGAAGUGAUGAGGAUUCUAGAAUCAGCUGCUAGAUUCAACAAACGCCCUUUACCUCCGAAUCUGGACAAAAGGUUGCAACCGGAGACUUCAGAGGAGCCGGUCGAGAACGUUAGCGUUCUGGACCUGUUCAAGACUGCCGAGAUGAGGAAGAGAACGUUCAUCCAAUUCCUCAUCUGGUUCAGCGUCUAUUUGGUCUAUUACGGUUUGGUGCUUAAUCUUGGCAACAUCGGAGGAAAUUUGUACAUCACUUCCGUGCUACAAGGAGCGGUCGAAAUACCCGCCGUCGCCCUCAGCAUCUUCAUACUGCUGAAGGGCGGUCGCCGUCUGCCCCUCUGCCUCACGAUGGCCGUUUCGGGGGCGGCGUGCGCCCUGAUAGUGCCCAUCUAUCACGUGACCGGAGCUGACCUGCAAUGGCUGGUCACGUGCCUGGCGAUGCUGAGCAAGUUCUGCAUCAGCUCGUCGAACGCCAUCAUGCCCGUGUUCACCGCCGAACUGUAUCCCACCACCAUCAGGAACAUUGGAGUGGGGGCGGCUAAUGUGGCGGCAGGAAUAGCGCUCAUGGCAGUGCCAUACUUGUGGAUGCUCGCAUCGUUUCACCAGAGCGUACCUAUGGCAGUUCUGGCAGUGUUCGGAAUAUUGGGAGGGCUUUCCGUGCUACUUCUACCAGAAACAGGACACGCUCCCUUAUUGGACACCCUUAAAGAAGAAGAGCAUGGCAGAAGGUAUUCGAUAUCACCCAUCGACAACUCCAAAAGGAUCAACAACAACUGCUGUUCAUAGGGAUUAUUGGAUAGGACGUAGGUCCUAGAUCAAUCUGUACGAUGGAUACUUGGAUAGGAGUAAAGUCGAACAUUUCGAUUGGUGAAAUGAUGGAGAAAGUGAUUUUGGAACUCUAAUCGACAAUGUUUUUUUGGCCACUGUUACUUAAGUUCAUGAAGGACGAACUCUACAAUACGAUAAGUGUCUAUUAGAAGUGUUACUUCACAGGAUGAGCAGGAAGCUUAAUAGGAGUUCUGCAAAUAUACAGAUAUAGUAGAUACAUGCUGCGUUUUAUAUUAUACGGGGUGGAUUUUGAAAAUUUCCCACCCUCAAUAUCUUGAUGCUUCCAGUGAAUAAUAUGAAGAAUCGAAGGAACAGGUCAAGAAGGGGGGUCGAGUAGCGCAUCAUUUUGAAGGACGUUCAAUUCUUUUCCCAACGGUAUCCUAGUUUACCAUUUUCUGAUGAGCAGUUUCUGAAAAAUGCCGUCUUAAUUAUAAAACUCCCCACCCUUAAUAUUGUCCUUCCGGUAUGAAUAAUGAAAAAUCGAAGAAACAGGUCAAUUCAAAUUUCGAGGAGGACACUUUGAAUGCAUAUCAUCAGGCCACAUUGUACAGCCAUUUUUGAUGUAAUAAAAUUAUAUUAUGGUCAAUAUCAACGGUUCAAAAAGAUGUAGCGGUGACAGCAAAAGUCAAAAAUUCAAAGCCAAAUAAGCGUUUUGUAGGGCGAAUUAUGCUCUUUCAUAUGAGCCUAAGUUUGCUAAAAUCGGUCGAAAGAAACGGGAGAAAUCUUGGUUUGUUUGAGAAAACAAUUAAACUUCCCCCACCGCUUUAUUUUGAUAGCUAAAACGAAACGUUCUAGACAAAAAAUGUAGGGAAAUGGUCAGUUAAUAUGAAAAUGAUAUCAUCGAUAUACUUUCAUAAGACAAAAUUCUAUAAAAAUUCCAUUUUUCUACUCUUGGUGUUGAUUGUUACGCCCUCUAGCGGACGUUUGACAAACUCGAAAAUAAUUUCCAGCAAUUUCUCUUGGCGACUUUUAUCAUGAUUCUUUUUUCUCAAAUCUAUACGACCAAUAUCUUAUGAGAUAUGGGCGCUCGCUAGCCUUAACUGAUCACCCUGUACAACCCCCUAGGAGGGAUAGAUGUUACCCUCAGAACCUCAUAAGAUAAGGAGGGGGGUCAAGAUGCACAUUAUUUUGAAGGGCGUUCUAUUCUCUUUUCAACAGUAUUGGUUUAUGAUAUUUUUGAAAGCAGUUUCCGAGACAUAACCAUCUAAAUUUACAUAGAAGUAAAUAGGAACAUGCCUGCACAGAUAUGCAUGGUUUUCAUAGAAAUGGUUUGGAACUAGGGAACCAUUGAAAAGAGAAUGGGCGAGUGAACUUAUAGGGAAUGAAUAAUUGGGAUUCAAUUACUACACUGUGUCGUUAUAGGGACCUAAAUUAAUUUUUGCAAAACUUCUCACACUUUUUUUAUGUAAAUAAUGAGUGUAUGCGUUAUUCGAAAUUGUUGAAUUUCAAAGCUCACUUCAAACGUACCGUCAUGACCACUAUUUGGCGAUACGUCGAAUUAUAGUGGUGUGCUCGACAGAAAGGUUAAACUCGUCUUGAUCUGCGCAUGACGUCAACUGGGAUAUAACUGACAUUUAUGCACGACCGGGCGUAAAGUAGCACCUUACCGCCCGGGUUUGCGGGCGUAAAGUGGCACUUUUCCACCCGCGGACUACUUUACCGCCCGGCGGACGAUAAAGUCAUAAAGCUAAUGUCACUGUCAUAUCGCACCAGCUUACGAAUUCUUCGUAUUCUUUGUCGUAUAUUUUUUUUUUAUUUACUUGGCAAUAAACUCGAUUUUGCUUCCUCAGCUGCCUCACUAAUUUCUGAUGGAGUACAAUUCACACUUUCUUCAUCACUAGAAUUCAUUUUGAAAUCACUAAUGAAUUAUGUAUGAUUACACAAAUUGACAGUUAAUGAAAUGACCCACGUGGGUUUGUAGAAGGUGAAGUCACAGAUUGAGAAUCGGAGAUCAAAAUUUCACAAUUUAUUUAUUAAACAAAACUUACAAGUAACCACAGUCACCUACCAUCAAUUACAAUCACUUGUCAAUAUAUACAGGGUUAAUAAUAAUUAAUACCACUUCAUUACAGUUAAUAUGGCUACUGGCCUAUUAAUUAUUCCUAUUUCGAAAAAUUGACUGAGUUGC